AGAGGAACAGUAGGCACAGAGGAACAUUGGGCACAGAGGAACAGUAGCAACAGAGGAACAGUAGGCUCAGAAGAACAGUAGGAACAGAGGAACAGUAGGUACAGAGGAACAGUAGCAACAGAGGAACAGUGGGCACAGAGGAACAGUAGCAACAGAGGAACAGUGGGCACAGAGGAACAGUUGGGGAGAGAGGAACAGUGGGUUACACUUGAACUAUGAUGAACAUUUUAACGACGAUUGCAAAUUUAAAUUAGAAGAAAAUCCUUAUAAAUAACAAUGCAUAUGUAUAUUCUGUACAACAAGAACCUACUUUGCCAAACUUCAAAAGAUGUAGGUUCUUACACGUGGAUUUUUACUGUACCCUAUGUCAAUAUUGCUUAGCAAUGACGUUAUUUGUCGGUGUAGCCUUUUCUUUUAAAUCGUUGAGCUCUCCUCGGUGUCUCGAUUGGUAAAUGAUACUGAUAACUGUAACUGUGAAUUAAAGGGGCCAGCCAUUUAAGUUUUUAGUUAAGGGAGGGGAGGCUGUGUUUUGAGUGAUUUCAAACAAUAUUCGGCAAACAGAUCUAGAUGGAAAAGAGUCUCGCAUCGAGGCAACACAGUCUUAUAUUUGCACCAAGAAAUUUGAGAAAAAAAUCGAUAAGUGGUAGGUUUGGGAAUUAACUUCUUGCUUCUUCCUUCUUCUUGACCAAAUAACAUCGACCUUAGGUGCGAGAGGUCAGAGAGUUAUAUCUCAUUACUUGGCACAGGCGUCCCAAGCUUAUGUUACAAGUGUGUUAUACAAGAGAGUUGGUGUUACGUUACAAGCGACCGUUGAAACUCUUUGUAAGAGAAAUAAAAUACUGAGGUCUGUGAAGGAAUGCAUUUUUACUUUUUUUUCUACAAAGAAAGUAAAGGAGACUUACCUUUGAUGUAUUAGCAUGUUUUUUGGUGUGAAUUCAUCGAUUUAGUUGGUUUUUUGGCUGCUAUUGUGUGACCCCUGUCACUCUCGUCACACAAUAACAGCCAAAAAAAAUGACAAAAUCGAUGAAUUCACACCAAAAAACACAGGAAUACAUCUCGGCCCUCGAAUAAAGCAAAUCCUGCAUUCCGUAAAACCAAUUAGGGACCCUCCAUCGUGGCUCAAAUGCGGGGCUAGCGUGUUAACUUCCCGGAUGCCACGGGGAAGUCUUUGCGACAUACAUACAUGCAUGUAUACAUGUAAAAAAGCAUGGAUUCAUGGUACUUGAUUUUGGGUUAUUUACACUUACGUAAGGUUGGAACAAAGCGACAUGUUUUUUUCAACAAGUUGGAGUGUCAUGGUAACCUACACUGUGUCAAAAAAUGAAAAAUGACCACAGCUUGUUUGGGUACAUAGGUAUUGAUGGAAUUAUUUAUGAGAUAUUUUUAACACCAGCUAAUCACUGUCACGUGCUGUCAGUGUGUAUGUCAAUAAUCGUAGCUCUAAGAUUAUUCAUUGUUCACAUGAACUGGCAGCCAGUGUAGGCUGUUUUAGAGAGGUCUGACUUGUUCCUUCUUGUCAGUCAAUCCCACAGUUGUGUUUUGUGUUCUAUAAUGAGGCAGUCAGGAAAUAUGCAUAUAGAACCCUUGGGCCUAUACAGGGAGGCUCUGCCCGAAAGGGGUACCUUUUUUCAUGCUUCAGGUAUAUGAAAGGGUAGUGACUUCACUACAUACAUGUAGCUGUAAUGUAUGAAAGGGUAGGAAAUCUGUCAUUUCAGUUGGUAAAAAGGCCAGAAAGGGCUAACAAAUGCGUUUUAUGGCUGUAUAUCUUUGUGGCCUUUUGGGGUGACUGAAGUCAGUCAAUUGCUUAUCAUAGAUCGAGCCAACAAGCUAGUACCGUGGACUCCCAUUGACUCGAACCUUGUGCUAACUAUCGAUUUCCCCUGGAUUUCCUUCAUACAUUUACUGCAAUUUCUCCCUUGGUAACUCAAACCCUCAAUAACUCAAACUUCCCACAAAGUGGAAGUAAUUUUUGUUUCCCUUCAGAUCAUUACAACUCGAACCAUGUUUUUAGCGUGUCAGAAGGUGGAAAUAAACUAAGACAGUGUGCUGCAGUCCCAAACAUUGAACUGUGUAUACAGUUUGUCUUUGCUUUUUUGUCAGUCCAGUUUAAGUACAGUGUCCAGCCCUGUAUAUUAAUAUAUAUUCCUUUUUUAAUGUCAAUAGUACUUGCACUACAUUCCUUCCUCAAAGAUAACUGUCUUGCCUUAUUUAAUAUUCGGUUAUUUUCAAUAACAUGACUGUUACAGGUUCAACUCCCUGCGGCAGGCUGACUGAUAACUUUGCAUAAGGUAAAGCAAAUGAUUUGAAGUCCCUUAACUUCAAAAGCUGAAUGCAUAUUUGAAAUGAAAUUAACCCUUUGACUCCCAAAUUUAGCCAAAAGCAAAUUUCGACCAAAUUUCAUUUUGUGAAAUUUUGUAAAACAAAUAGCACUAUGAAGUACAGUCAGAGAGCUUUCAUUUGAAUGGUCACAUCAUAGGAUUUGGUCCGCAGAAUCAAAAGUUAUAGUCAUCUUACAAAACUCCAUCAUGCACUCUGGCAGUGAAGGGGUUAAGAACCCUUGAACGAAAAUUAGUCACCCUAACUCGAAAAGUAAACGUUCCAAUUUCUUCGUUUACUUGCUUGCUUGUUUAAUUAUUUCUCAUUUUGUUCACAAAGCUCCAAAAUAGAUACCUCUUCUUCAUGUUCUGAUCCCAUGGAAAACGGAAAGAUUUUCCUGGAAUAUAUUUUGUACCUCCACUCAGUUUCUGCAGCUACCUUGUCAAACAACUCUUUAGAACCAGCAGUUAAGGAAAAUGCAAGGAAAACACAGCCUGAAUCCUUAAGAAAGAUCUUGGCUUGUGAAAGAAAACGGCGCAAGGUUUGGUACCCUGGAUCAGCAAUACUGCGCAUGAGCAAUUCUACCUCGUUUCCGGGACUCGGGUGCUGGUCAUCCCAUGGACAAUUCCAGUAGAUCAUGUCGAAUUUUUUUCCAGCGAUUUCCUUGUGGUCAAAGACGUCAGCAGCGACAGCUAUCACUCGAUCAUCUACUCCAUGCAACUUUGCAUUUUCAACGGUGUUUUUUUACAGCAGAGGGUUAAUGUCCGUUGCCCAGACUUUGCACUGGUGCGAAAUCAGAGCAGCAUUGAUAGCUGUGUAACCUGCGCCACAACCUACUUCUAGAAAAUUGAAUGGGGCGUCUUCAUAUUUUAUCGACAAUUUCGUUUUGAUCACUUCAAUCACUUCUUUGUUGAUGUAGGCUGCAAUCUCGUGCCAAGGAUCUGGAUGGAACACUUCAGGAUAAAUCAGAAAUUCUUUCCCAAGAAAGCCUGUUCGAGGUUUCUCCUUGGUUAAACGGCGCAUAUUUUCCACAGUUUCUUCUAAAUCAGCCACUUGAUAUCUCCUCGUCGGCAAAUCUUUAUUUACUGAGCUCAUUUUAUUAUCAAUCUGCAAGGAAAACGAUUUCGUCAAUGUGGUUGCGUGCCUAAUUAUUCCCAUUAAAGGAGCUGUGUCACGAAAUUCAGCCAAAUUACAUGUAGGAAAUUACAAAAUGCCGGUUAAAUUAAGAGAAACAUAAAAAUAACCGCUUAAAACUUUAAAGAAAGGUUAAAAUAACAACAGAAAUAAUGGAUGCCACGGAUGGACAAAACUGAAAAAGAUUGAAACGGAUUAAAAUUAGGGUUUUUGAAAACUAUUCAGCCCAACAGUGUUUUCACAGUUGAUCCCUGCUGCUUGCAACUUCAGAAAAUAAUGCUCGGGAGACAUAUUUGUUUGUCUGGGACCUUUGAUUUUGUCAUUGACAUGUAAUUUCUUUGCUUACUUUAAGGUCCAUAGCGAUUGAGGGCGAGUAAUUGGCAAAAUUAAAUCAAUUAAACAAAAUGAACUGAACUGCCGUGACACAGCCCCUUUUAACUUCGAUUUCAAUUGCUUUACAUACCUCUGAUAUCUGCAGGGAUAUGUUUUGAAUCUGCAAACGACUUCUAUCUGGAGAGAAAUGGAGCUUUCAGGAGUAAUAAUCGACAGAUUCCGGUCAGUGUUCCUAGAAUUUGCCGUCGCUUGUUUCUAUCUCCUACGUUUGACAGCAGUUUUCAAAGAUUCACGGGAGCAAUUUUGACCACAGGCGGUCCAACCUCAUUACAUGAACGCGGACGUGACUCUUGCUUGCGAGCGGUGUUGUGUUACAAACGGUUAUUUACAAAGGCUUGUAUGGGAUUAGCCUCCCCCGCAGGCGUCUUUAGGGGAGAUGUCCCCUAAAAACGCCUGCGGGGGAGGCUAGUACGGGAUGUAAACGGUUUUUCUUAAAAGAGAGAAAAAAUGUUAUGUUUUUCAAUAAAAUCGACGUACUUUAUUGCCUUGUUGUAUUCUUUGUUGUUUGCCCGCGUCUCAGGCCGUUUUGAAGCGUUUUCGGCGAGUUAGCGCUAUUUUGGUGUUCCACUGCUAAGAGAAAGAAAAGGGGCAAAUACAUUUUAUGGCUGCGAAAACGUCAAGAAAACUUACUGGAUCAAUGACUUAUUCAUAUUCUUAAGACAGUGCACCAGCAGCAGUUGAAAAGGAUGCCGCGUUCUGAAUUAGGCAUGCGAAUGGGAUACCAUUUGUCAAUGAAAACGUAUACGAAGAGAAUACCCUUUUCUGUCAUUUGACUUUCUUGGUAUUGCUGACAGGUGCAAUCAAAAAAUGACGUAAUACAAAAAUUGAACCCACACUGAACAAUACUCACACCACAAAACAACCACCUACCCCUCCCCUAAGCCCUCAUUAACACUUACUUCUCACUUAUGGCAAAACGUUGGCUUAGGGGAGGGGUAGGUGGGCAGUUUCCCAGAAACAUAAUUUUUCGAAAUAAUGUUCUUUUAUAAUAUAGUACUCCGAGAAAUCUCAUAAUUUCACACAUUUGUUUUUUUAUGACCUCACAAUUAAGGACUCUAUUAACAGUAUUAUAAAAACGUCUACGAUAAGUAUUUUUGGGGUAGGGUGUUGACUUGAGUUAGCCAUGUACUUAUGCAAAGACAUGUGUUAAUUCGUUCAUGUAUAGAGAUUUUAGAUUGAGGUCUUUAAUGCCAUAAAAAGUCAUUAGCAGUUCAUUACGAAGGACAAACCGCUCGUUCUCAGAGAAUUCAGUGAAAAUAGCCCAAAACUAUCCAUUGUUUCAAGUUUUGGCUCUUUGAUUACUCUGGCAGUACAUUCCUUUGUUCUGUUCGAUCCGUAUAAUUACUUUGGGCGUAUAAGUUUGUAACUCAGUUAAUACGUGCUUUUUUUUAUUGAAAACUUACUAGAUUAUUUACAAACUCCAUUAGAACUCCCCUAAAAAGUUCUUUUCGGUUCUCCCUUUGUUCUUUUUGUGUGACAGAAAAGCUAAGACAUUAGCAAAUGUGUAAACCAUGAAUAGAAUAGUCUUUUCCCGCUUGUGAGAACCAAGUGGUUUAAGAAGCUGCUGGCACAGUAGAAAUUUGCCACUUCAAUUAACAAAAAUACAAGAACCUGUUUAACCAAGAGGAACAGUAGGCACAGAGGAAAAUUGGGCACAGAGGAACAGUAGCAACAGAGGAACAGUAGGCUCAGAAGAACAGUAGGAACAGAGGAACAGUAGGUACAGAGGAACAGUAGCAACAGAGGAACAGUGGGCACAGAGGAACAGUAGCAACAGAGGAACAGUGGGCACAGAGGAACAGUUGCGGACAGAGGAACAGUGGGUUACACUUGAACUAUGAUGAACAUUUUAACGACGAUUGCAAAUUUAAAUUAGAAGAAAAUCCUUAUAAAUAACAAUGCAUAUGUAUAUUCUGUACAACAAGAACCUACUUUGCCAAACUUCAAAAGAUGUAGGUUCUUACUCGUGGAUUUUUACUGUACCCUAUGUCAAUAUUGCUUAGCAAUGACGUUAUUUGUCGGUGUAGCCUUUUCUUUUAAAUCGUUGAGCUCUCCUCGGUGUCUCGAUUGGUAAAUGAUACUGAUAACUGUAACUGUGAAUUAAAGGGGCCAGCCAUUUAAGUUUUUAGUUAAGGGAGGGGAGGCUGUGUUUUGAGUGAUUUCAAACAAUAUUCGGCAAACAGACCUAGAUGGAAAAGAGUCUCGCAUCGAGGCAACACAGUCUUAUAUUUGCACCAAGAAAUUUGAGAAAAAAAUCGAUAAGUGGUAGGUUUGGGAAUUAACUUCUUGCUUCUUCCUUCUUCUUGACCAAAUAACAUCGACCUUAGGUGCGAGAGGUCAGAGAGUUAUAUCUCAUUACUUGGCACAGGCGUCCCAAGCAUAUGUUACAAGUGUGUUAUACAAGAGAGUUGGUGUUGCAUUACAAGCGACCGUUGAAACUCUUUGUAAGAGAAAUAAAAUACUGAGGUCUGUGAAGGAAUGCAUUUUUACUUUUUUUUCUACAAAGAAAAUAAAGGAGACUUACCUUUGAUGUAUUAGCAUGUUUUUUGGUGUGAAUUCAUCGAUUUAGUUGGUUUUUUGGCUGCUAUUGUGUGACCCCUGUCACUCUCGUCACACAAUAACAGCCAAAAAAAAAGACAAAAUCGAUGAAUUCACACCAAAAAACACAGGAAUACAUCUCGGCCCUCGAAUAAAGCAAAUCCUGCAUUCCGUAAAACCAAUUAGGGUCCCUCCAUCGUGGCUCAAAUGCGGGGCUAGCGUGUUAACUUCCCGGAUGCCACGGGGAAGUCUUUGCGACAUACAUACAUGUAUACAUGUAAAGAAACCAUGGAUUCAUGGUACUUGAUUUUGGGUUAUUUACACUUACGUAAGGUUGGAACAAAGCGACAGAGUUUUUUUAACAAGUUCGAAUGCCAUGGUAACCUACACUGUGUCAAAAAAUGAAAAAUGACCAUAGCUUGUUCGGGUACAUAGAUAUUGAUUGAAUUAUUUAUGAGAUAUCUGUAAUACCAGCUAAUCACUGUCACGUGCUGUUAGUGUGUAUGUCAAUAAUAGUAGCUUUAAGAUUAUUCAUUGUUCACAUGAACUGGCAGCCAGUGUAGGCUGUUUUAGAGAGGUCUGACUUGUUCCUUCUUGUCAGUCGAUCCCACAGUUGUGUUUUGUGUUCUAUAAUAAGGCAGUCAGGAAAUAUUCAUAUAGAACCCUUGGGCCUAUACAGGGAGGCUCCGCCCGAAAGGGGUACCUUUUUUCAGGCUUCAGGUAUAUGAAAGGGUAGUGACUUCACUACAUACAUGUAGCUGUAAUAUAUGAAAGGGUAAGAAAUCUGUCAUUUCAGUUGGUAAAAAGGCCAGAAAGGGCUAACAAAUGCGUUUUAUGGCUGUAGAUCUUUGUGGCCUUUUGGGGUGACUGAAGCCAGUAAAUUGUUUACCAUAGAUCGAGCCAACAAGCUAGUACCAUCAACUCCUAAUGACUCUAACCUUGUGCUAACUCGAUCGGACUAGAAUCGAUUUCCCCUGGAUUUCCUUCAUACAUUUACUACAAUUUCUCUCUUGGUAACUCGAACCCUAAAAAACUCAAACUUCCCACUAAGUGGAAGUAAUUUUUGUUUCCCUUCAGAUCAUUACAACUCGAACCAUGUUUUUAGCGUGUUACAAGUUGAAAAUAAACUAAGAUAGUGUGCUGCAAUUCCAAACAUUGAACUGUGUAUACAGUUUGUCUGUGCUUUUUUGUCAGUCCAGUUUAAGUACAGUGUCCAGCCCUGUAUAUUAAUUUAUAUUCCUUUUUUUUAAUGUCAAUAUCUCCUACUGUGCUUGAAGUGAAGUGUGCAUGGUACUUGCAUUGCAUUCCUUCCUCAAAGAUAACUGUCUUGCCUUAUUUAAUAUUCGGUUAUUUUCGAUAACAUGAACUUUUUUCGCGACCGGUACAGGUUCAACUCCCUGCGGCACGCUGACUGAUAACUUUGCAUAAGGUAAAGCAAAUGAUUUGAAGUCCCUUAAACUCAAUACCUGAACGCAUAUUUAAACUAAACUUAAAAACGCUUGAACAAAAAUUAGUCACCCUAACUCGAAAAGUAAACGUUCCGUUUUCUUCGUUUACUUGCUUGCUUGUUUAAUUAUUUCUCAUUUUGUUCACAAAGCUCCAAAAUAGAUACCUCUUCUUCAUGUUCUGAUCCCAGGGAAAGCGGAAAGAUUUUCCUGGAAUAUAUUUUGUACCUCCACUUAGUUUCUGCAACUACCUUUUCAAACAACUCUUUAGAACCAAAAGUUAAGGAAAAUCCAAGGAAAACACAGCCUGAAUCCUUUAGAAAGAUCCUGGCUUGUGAAAGGAAACGGCGCAAGCUUUGGUACCCUGGAUCAGCAAUACUGCGCAUGAGCAAUUCUACCUCGUUUCCGGGACUCGGGUGCUGGUCAUCCCAUGGACAAUUCCAGUAGAUCAUGUCGAAUUUUUUUCCAGCGAUUUCCUUGUGGUCAAAGACGUCAGCAGCGACAGCUAUCACUCGAUCAUCUACUCCAUGCAACUUUGCAUUUUCAACGGUGUUUUUUACAGCAGUGGGGUUAAUGUCCGUCGCCCAGACUUUGCACUGGUGCGAAAUCAGAGCAGCAUUGAUAGCUGUGUAACCUGCGCCACAACCCACUUCAAGAAAAUUGAAUGGGGCGUCUUCAAAUUUCAGCAACAGUUUCGUUUUGAUCACCUCAAUCACUUCUUUGUUGACGUAGGCUAUAAUCUCGUGCCACGGAUCUGGAUGGAACACUUCAGGAUAAAUCAGAAAUUCUUUCCCGAGAAAGCAUAUUCGAGGUUUCUCCUUGGUUAAACGGCGCAUAUUUUCCACAGCUUCUUCUAAAUCAGCCACUUGACAUUUCCUCGUCGGCAAAUCUUUGUUUACUGAGCUCAUUUUAUUACCAAUCUGCAAGGAAAACGAUUUCGUCAUUGUGGUUGCGUGCCAAAUUAUUCCCAUUAAAGGAGCUGUGUCACGAAAUUCAGCCAAAUUACGUGUAGGAAGUUACAAAAUGCCGGUUAAAUUAAGAGAAACAUAAAAAUAACCGCUUAAAACUUUAAAGGAAGGUUAAAAUAACAUAACAGAAACAAUGGAUGCCACGGAUGGACAAAACUAAAAAAGAUUAUUAGGGUUUUUGAAAACUGUUCAGCCUAUAACAGUUUUUCAAAGUUGAUCCCUGCUGCUUGCAACUUCAAAAAAUAAUGCUCAGGAGACAUAUUUCUAUGUCUCGGAUCUCUGAUUUUGUCAUUUACAUGCAAUUUCUUUUGCUUACUUUAAGUUCCAUAGCGAUUCAGGGCGAGUAAUUGGCAAAAUUAAACAAAAUGAACUGGACUGCCGUGACACAGCCCCUUUUAACAUCGAUUUCAAUUGCUUGACAUACCUCUGAUAUCCCCAAGGAUAUGUUUUGAAUCUGCAAACGACUUCUAUCUGGAGAGAAAUGGAACUGUCAGGAGUAAUAAUCGACAGAUUCCGGUCAGUGUUGUUAGAAUUUGUCGUCGCUUGUUUCUAUCCCCUACGUUUGACAGCAGUUGUCAGAGAUUCACGGGAGCAAUUUCGACCACAGGCGGCCCAAGCUCAUUACAUGAACGCGGACGUGACUCUGGCUUGAGAGCGGUGUUGUGUUACAAACGGUUAUUUACAAAGGCUUGUGUGGGAUGUAAACGGUUUUUCUUAAAAGAGAAAAAAUGUUAAGUAAAAUCGACGUACCUUAUUGCCUUGUUGUAUUCUUUGUUGUCUGCCCGCGUCUCGGGCCGUUUUGAAGCGUUUUCGGCGAGUUAGCGCUAUCUUGGUGUGUUCCACUGCUAAGAGAAAGAAAAGGGGCGAAUACAUUUUAUGGCUACGAAAAAGUCAAGAAAACUUCCUGGUUCAAUGACUUAUUCAUAUUCUUAAGACAGUGCACCUGCAGCGGUUAAAAAGGAUGCCGCGUUCUGAACUGACUAGGCAUGCGAAAGGGAUACCAUUUGUCAAUGAAAACGUAUAUGAAAAGAAUACCCUUUUCUGUCAAAAAGGUCGUUUGACUUUCUUGGUAUAGGCCACUUGCACAAAGAGGUCACGUGACCAAUGCUUCCUUUAAACAAUGAGCUGGAAUCUUGCUGAUGCCAAAAAUUGACAGAGCUCAUAAAAAUAAUCUUACCCUUAAUUUGAAAGGAAACUCAUUUAAGGGAGAUAUUUUAUGGCACUUUGAUUUUUCAACAAAGUAGUAUGAUUUGUAUUGGCCGCCAUGUUGGAGGGCUUACUCUUGCCCUCCAACAUGGCGGCCAAAACUACUUUUUGUUUAUAUCUUAUUAAAUGUGAGAUAGUUAUGCUCAAAUGUACUGUAAACGCUACCCCAUCAUCUUUUCAACAUUUUCCUUGAAGUUUAAGUGCAAAAUUUGUGUUCAGAAAGAGGUAAUUCAUAAUUUUAAAAAGCACAUUUUGGCCACGUAACCAGCUACGAACUUACUCAUUUUAAGAAAAUAGUGCGGGUUUGAAAAACCAAAUAUUUAUUAUUUUGUUUAAGAUAUGACCCUUUAAUCGUUUUUCGAAGGCAAAAUGAUAUAACUUUAUCAUUCAUAAAAACGAUGUCACAUGACCUCUUAGUGCAAAUGGCCUAUUGCUGACAGUGCAAUCAAAAAAUGACGUAAUACAAAAAUUGAACAGACACUGAACAAUACUUACACCACAAAACAACCACCCACCCCUCCCCUAAGCUAACAUUAACACUUACUUCUCACUUAGGGCAAAACGUUGGCUUAGGGGGAUGGAUAGGUGGGCAGUUUCCCAGAAACAUAUAAUGUUUCGAAAUGUUGUUUUUUAUAAUAUAGUACUCCAAAAAAUCUCCUAAUUUCACACAUUUAAUUUUUUACGACCUCACACUUAAGGACUCUGUUAGCAGUAUUAUAAAAACGCCUACGAUAAGUAUUUUUGGGGUAGGGUGUUGACUUGAGUUAGCCAUGUACUUAUGCAAAGACAUGUGUUAAUUCGUUCAUGUAUAGAGAUUUUAGAUUGAGAUCUUCAAUGCCAUGAAAAGUCAUUAGCAGUUCAUUAGGAAGGACAAACGGCUCGUUCUCAGAGAAUUUAGUGAAAAUAGCCCAAAACUAUCCAUUGUUUCAAGUUUUGGCUCUUUGAUUACUCUGGCUGUACAUUCCUUUGUUCUGUUCGAUCCGUACAAUUACUUUGGGCGUAUAAGUUUGUAACUCAGUUAAUACGUGCUUUUUUUUUAUUGAAAACUUACUAGAUUAUUUACAAACUCCAUUAGAACUCCCCUAAAAAGUUCUUUUCGGUUCUCAUUAGCAAAUGCGUAAACCAUGAAUAGAAUAGUCUUUUCCCGCUUGUGAGAACCAAGUGGUUUAAGAAGCUGCUGGCGCAGUAGAAAUUUGCCAUUUCAAUUAACAAAAAUACAAGAACCUGUUUAACCAAGAGGAACAGUAGGCACAGAGGAACAUUGGGCACAGAGGAACAGUAACAACAGAGGAACAGUAGGCUCAGAAGAACAGUAG